UUUAGUUUAUUUUGAAUGGAAAAAAUAAUUUUAGUAAGAAUUAUUUUAGCAUUGAAUCAAAUUACCAACUCGGUACAUAGUUGGAAUGACAGUGCAAAGACAAAUGACAUGUGUAGGGAAAAAACAAAUAAGAUAUACUUAAUUUUUUUUGUAAUAUUGAUAGUAUUGGUUUCAAUGACAAUAAUCGGGAAUAUUUUUGUUAUCAUUAUAAUUAGUUUUACGUCAAAGCUUCGCCAAAAUACAACUUAUGUUACUUUACUUUCGCUAGCUGUUGUCGAUUUUUUAGUGGGAUGUAUAACCAUGCCAUAUAAUAUAAAAAGGAUGUACAACAAUAGACUGUUUUGUUUAUCAAAAGCUGCAUGUAAAAUAAUCCUAAUUAUGGAGCCUUUUCUCUCAAUCGCUUCAAUGAAUCAUUUGUUUUCGAUUGCAGUUGAGCGAUUUUUGUCGCUAAAGAUUCCAUUUCAGUUCAAACUAUCAGUGUCUUCUGCUUUAUUUUAUACGUGGCUUUUAUCACUAUGGGUUUAUGCGUUUCUUUGGUCUUUUCUUGGAAUGUUUAGAUGGAAUAAAACAGAAACUUUUCCUAUCGAAAUCAGAGGAAAUGUUACCACGUAUCUUAGCGCAAUUUACAACUCAAAAUAUCACAUUUGCACUCGUGAUAACAAACCUUUUUUUACAACUGUUUAUAUUGUUUGUUUUUGUCUACCAAUGAUUUUGAUGGGAUAUAUCUAUUAUUUUGUCUAUAAAACCACAUCGCGUCAUAUCCGUCAAAUGUCAAAACUCGAAUUAGGACAGUUAAAGUUAAGGAUCAAUCGAAGCAAGUUACGCCAACAAAAACUGUUUACGUCAGUAUUUAUAGUGUUUCUGGUUUACGUAACGUGUUGGUUGCCUACAUUUGUCAUUGUGAUUUUAAGUUUCUAUUAUCAGAGAUUGUUAUAUAAUUUUGAAAAUAAGGAGCCGCUGUUUUAUGAGAUUUUAGUCAAUACAACAGAUGUUAUACUACCACCCUUAAACUCAGCAGUUAAUCCUUUUAUUUACGUCAUAAGUAAUCGAAAAUUUAAAAACUCAGCACUUUCUUUUCUAAAUAAAAAAUUCUUCAAUCGCAAUAAAGUAAAAAGUUCUACGGCGCCGACGACCAUUUCAAAGUAUCCUUUAUAAAAUCGGAAAAAUGCUACUAUAAUUCUAAUAUAAAUAAUAAUAUAAUAAUAUAAUUGAAUUAAACAACAUUUUUAUAUCAUGAUAAGCAUGAUACAAACUUGUAUCAUCAGUAUUCAAAAUAACGUCUAGUAAAUUACAAGAUUUGUUUAAAUCAAUAAUAUAAAUUAAAAAUAGGAGUGGUCUUAAAAUUUACCCUUGGAGAACCUCGCAGUUCAUAUUCAUAAGUAUCAGUUUCUUUGCUGCAAAAAGAAAUGCAUUGUUUCCUAUUUGACAAAUAGCUUUAAAACCACUAAAUGUCCGAAUGUUUAAUCCCGUAAUUUUCUAGUUUAUUUAAGAGAAUAUAAUGAUUAACGGUGUCAAAUGCUUUGUAAAAACCAAUAAAUACACCUAACGUAUAUUUUUUUUUUGUCGAAUGCUUGAAA